AUGGCGGUGCAACAUUGGGACGAUGCUGAACUCAACGAGGCAUUAGAGCUUGAAACGUCCCCCCAGCCGAGCCCGCUCUCAGACCGCAGCAGCGGUUUCAGCUAUAGCUACGAGCUAAACUAUGCACACGGAGUCAUGGAACGCGAGGGCUCGCCGCGACGGCGGCGGCCGCCCUCAAAGAAGCGCGCGCGCAGUACAGCACAGCAGCAGCAGCAGCGAUCGCAGCAUGACCUGCGAUCGCACCUAGAGCCGCAGCACAUGCAGCAUCAACCUCAGUGCAUUCAGACGCAGCGGCACUCGUGCGACCCAGAUGCAGCGUUAGCACCGCCUGUGGCAACGCCGCUUGCCGCAGUGCGAACUGCCGCUCCGUCGCCGGUGCCCCAGGUCCCGUCGCCGGCCGCCCAGGCACCCGGCAGCGGCGCCUGUCCCUUGCAGGCGCUGCCCUUGCAGCUGCUCGUGCGCCUGCUCAGCUUCCUAUCAGCCCAGGACCUGGCGGCCGCCGCUCGGUCCUCCACGCUGCUGCGCUCGCUCAGCGACGAGCCGACGCUGUGGCGGCGCCUGUUCUGCGCACGGUGGGGCAAGCCGCGCGGGCCGCAGCAGCUGCCGCCCAAGACCUGGAAGGCGCGCUAUGUGGAGCGGGACCUCGCUGAGCUGGCGGAGGCGCGGGCGCGCGCCCUCGGGGCGGGCGGCGGCAGCGGCGGCGACGGGGAGGGCAGCGCAGGCGGCGGCGGCCUCGCGGCGGCAGCGGCGGCGGAUGCGUUUGUCGAGGCACAGCUGGCGAAGCGGCAGCGGGCGCUGGGGCGGGCGCACGUGGACGAUCCGAUGGAGGUGACAGAUGACGUGGCGCGGCGGGUCGAGGCGUGGCGCGCGGCGCGCGGCUUUGCACCCCUGUCGCGCGUGGGGGCCGGCAGCGGCGCGCCGGCGCCGGCGCCGGGCGCCGGGGCAGACGCGGGGCGCGAGCAGGCGGCCGCUGGUCAAGGCCUCGCGCCCGGCGGCCCAGCUGCAGCACAGCGGCAGCAGCAGCAGCAGCAGCAGCAGCAGCAGCAGGCGUCACAGCAGCAGGGAGGCAACCUCGCGGGGGUGCACCGAUGGUGCCGCGUCGCGGGCGCCGGUGACGUUUACUGCUGUGAGGCGACCGGCGAUGUGCACGUGUGCGACAGUACCUGCACGGAGCACGUCCUGGAGCGCACGAGCGGGCUGCUGGUCUGCCCCAUCAGCGGCACAGUGCGCGACGACCUGCGCAGCGUCUGCCUGCCCCCCUGCGAGGGCGAGGGCGAGGACGAAGAGGACGCCGCCACAGCGGCCGAGGGCGACUGGGGAGGCCGCCUGGCGCGGGCGUUUGAGCUGGGCUACUACGCAGAGUCUUUAGAAGAGCUGGAGCGCACCUGCUUCGUGCCCCUGCCGCGGCGGGGCAGCUGA